AGCGUGAGUAGGACUGUAGAAGGAGCCGGACUUAUCUAGGGCUUGAAAUCACUUUAGCAACUCUUUCACAAAACCCCCAAAAAACACACAUACACACACAACGCCAUCAAAAAUAAUUCAUGAAAGUUGCUGUAUUGUGAUUGCAUACAACACCACACACAGCCUCCAAAUCCCCAUUAUUAUGCCAACUAUGGAAACUGAGAACAACUCAAACAUCUCUCGUGCUGAACAACUCAAACAACAAGCAAAUGAAGCUUUCAAAGGGCACAAGUAUUCGCAAGCUAUUGAUCUGUACACACAAGCGAUUGAGUUGAACGGCGAGAAUGCGGUGUACUGGGCUAAUCGUGCGUUUGCUCAUACUAAAUUGGAGGAAUAUGGCAGUGCAAUACAGGAUGGAACUAAAGCUAUUGAAAUUGAUCCUAGAUAUUCAAAGGGUUAUUAUAGGCGAGGGGCUGCGUAUUUGGCAAUGGGGAAGUUCAAAGAUGCACUCAAAGAUUUUCAACAGGUCAAGAAGUUAUGUCCAAAUGACCCAGAUGCUACUAAGAAAUUGAAGGAAUGUGAGAAAGCUGUCAUGAAGCUAAAAUUUGAAGAAGCUAUUGCCGUCCCAGAAUCUCAGAAACGUUCAGUAGCUGACACUAUUGAUUAUCACACCGUAGGGUCAGGCCCUGGCUCGUCAUAUGUUUCCACCAAAAUAACUGCUGUAUCAGCGGCAGCAGCACUAAUGGCAGUACUGGUGGUAUAUAUGGGGACUAAGGCAGCCACAAUGGUGGUAGCAGGAGCUUUGGCAGCCUUAUUGAUGGUCUUGGUAACAUUUCGGUGGGGCCGCUGCAAUGAUGGUUUCUUUACCAAGAGUCGAACACUUGAAUUAGAAGUGGAGCCUCAAUAUACUGGUGCAAGAAUAGAGGGAGAUGUUGUAACAUUAGAUUUUGUGCAGAAGAUGCUGGAUGACUUCAAAAACCAGAAGAAUUUGCAUAAGAGAUAUGCCUACCAAAUAGUACUGCAAACAAGAGAUAUGUUGCGAGCAUUGCCCUCCCUUGUCGACAUCGUUGUUCCCGAAGGAAAGCACUUCACUGUAUGUGGUGAUGUACAUGGUCAGUUUUAUGACCUUCUAAACAUUUUCGAGCUCAAUGGGCUUCCAUCAGAAGAUAAUCCGUAUCUGUUCAAUGGUGACUUUGUUGAUAGAGGGUCUUUCUCUCUAGAGGUCAUAUUGACUUUAUUUGCCUUCAAGUGCAUGUGUCCAUCAGCUAUAUAUCUUGCGAGAGGAAAUCAUGAAAGCAAGAGCAUGAACAAAAUAUAUGGGUUUGAGGGCGAGGUCAGAUCCAAGUUAAGUGAAAUAUUUGUGGAACUCUUUGCGGAAGUGUUCUGUUGCUUACCUUUGGCUCAUGUCAUAAAUGGGAAAGUCUUUGUCGUACAUGGAGGUCUUUUCAGUGUUGAUGGGGUGAAACUCUCUGAUAUUAGAGCAAUUGACCGGUUUUGUGAGCCCCCGGAGGAGGGGUUAAUGUGUGAAUUGUUGUGGAGUGAUCCACAACCUCAGCCUGGUAGAGGACCUAGUAAACGAGGUGUUGGUCUUUCUUUUGGGGGAGAUGUAACUAAAAGAUUCUUGCAGGAAAAUAAUCUAGAUUUAGUGGUCCGAUCUCAUGAAGUGAAGGAUGAAGGUUAUGAGAUUGAGCAUGAUGGAAAGCUCAUAACGGUGUUUUCUGCUCCAAAUUACUGUGACCAGAUGGGUAACAAGGGUGCUUUUAUACGGUUUGAGGCUCCCGAUAUGAAGCCAAAUAUUGUGACAUUUUCAGCAGUGCCACAUCCUGAUGUCAAGCCGAUGGCAUAUGCCAACAACUUCCUUCGGAUGUUCUCUUAAACUCUGAAACCUAACUUUCAGUAUUACAAUUGAUGCAACCUUUUGUCUCACUGACCGAGAGCACACACAUCAGGAGGCAGAAGAGCUACUGCUUCCAGCCAAUUAGCUGCAGUGUCAUUAUUUGGACAACUCCCUGACUUGCCUGCAGCUUGUGAGGAUCCUCACCUCCUUUGUUCUGAUUAAGGUGUAAACACUUCUCUACAAUAACAAUGCCGUGUGGUGGAUUGUCCCCUGUAUUAUUUAUGUUCCUCUGUGUAAGAUUGUCGCACUUCUCAUUUCUCUUAGAAUGUCCAAAUUGGGAAGCUUUAAUUAGUCGAAUUUUGGUUUUUUCAUUUUUCUAUUCCCUUUAAUUAAAUCAGGCUGUAAUUUUUUCACCUGUCAGUAAGUGUCACUGUGACAACGUUUGUUUGAUACUUGGAUUGUAAUUUGUCUCCGUGCCUGUGGCCAGAUUACUGGUCCUUGAUCACUGGUGUUUCCUACUAAUGUGGUUUCGUUAUUAAUAAUACUUAACAGCUUGUAAUGAGUGGAUGCAAAUUCUAUCAAUUUGUAAAGUUUGUGCCA